CCAUCAUCCGUUACCACUCACCGAAUCGCCUCUCUCUCUCUCUCUCUCUCUAAGCUCGCAGGCUCUCUCGCCAACGCGAACAGGCUUCGACAUUUGAAUCUCUCUCUCUCUCUCUCGGUCGAGAAACUUCGAACCGCGGGCUGAACGGGGAAGGGCGUCGAGCACGUCGCGAUCGCACGCCGAGAGCUCGCUCUUUUGCAUUUCUCGGAAGGCAAGGAAUCUUUGGUCACAGCACAAGCAAGAUGGCCCUAGAGCACUCUUUUGUAGAUUCUAUGGCAUCACAAAACCCUUGUGAAAUACGCAAGCCAUCUUUUGAGAACUGGAAGUCCCUUGCAGCGGCUACUGCCGACUCAGAUGAUCACCACUCUGGUGGCUUCGAGUGCAAUAUCUGCCUUGACAUGGUGCAGGAUCCAGUGGUGACCCUGUGUGGUCAUCUCUACUGUUGGCCUUGCAUCUACAAAUGGCUUCAAGUUCAGAGUACUAAUAUGGAAAAUGAAGAACCACAACCACAGCAGUGUCCGGUUUGUAAAGCAGAGGUUUCACAGGCCACUCUGGUCCCGCUCUAUGGCCGCGGUGGAUCUACCAAAUCAGCAAAAAGCAAGGCCCGGCAACUCGGCAUAGUCAUACCGAAAAGACCGUUUGGUCCUGCUUGCGGCGUUGAUAGCCCGAGAUCUCUCGGUGCUGUUUCGAGUCCCCGUUCUGUUCAGCGAGUUCACAAUCAAGGUCAUACAUCCUACCAGUCCCACCUUGGUAACUACCCAGCCUCGCCUACGAUUAAUCUAGGUGGUGCGUCGACGAGUACGGUGGACCCAAUGAUUGGGAUGCUUGGCGAGAUGGUAUAUGCGAGGGUGUUUGGGAACUCGAUGACAAACAUGACCACCUACCCGAACUCGUAUCAGCUCGCCGGGAGCAGCAGCCCCAGGGUGAGGAGGCAUGUGAUGCAGGCUGACAAGUCUUUGAGCAGAAUAUGUUUUUUCCUCUUCUGUUGUAUAAUUUUGUGUCUACUGUUGUUUUGAGCGUGUAGACCAUUUUCGACUCUCCUUUGUCACACCUGUAAAAAUUGUGAGGAUCUCAAAGGGGAAGUCCGACGCAGCGGUACGGAUUAGAAGUUAGAGUUGUAUUUCUACUGCUGCAAUAUAAUUUACACGGAAAAUUUUACAGUUCAGAGUGAAUGGUCAUUGUUCAUCA